AUAAGCCGCUGUCCCGGUUGUGGCUGAAGGAUUUAACUCGAUAUUGCGCACAGUGUGGUCGCUUAAGCGGACCGUAUACCGGGUCCGGUAUGUUCUGUCGGUGUCAGUUUAUUUUUUCACAGCCAUUGAAGGACAGUUUUGUUAAUGAAACGAAAAAAAAGUGCAAGGGAACUUAACGCAAAUAGUUUGGUCCCGAUGGAGGGUGUGGAGCUGAAGUGUGACACGUUACGUCAUUCAUCCCUCUCCCGUCUGCUGUUUGCGCUGCACAAAGUGGCCGUAUCAACAAGUGGGCUAAAGCCUUGUCAUUAAUGAGAAACACUUACAGUUUAAGUUCGCGCUGCGCCUGGUCCUCCAGCUUCUUCAUCACGAUGGCUGAUGCGGAGCUUGCAAAAAAGAUGCUGCGGGGCAUUCUCCAGGCCAACAAAGGUGGAGUGUCACUGUCACACCUGCAGUCAGAGUAUAAGGAGCUGACUGGGGAGCACAUACCUCAUAAGCAGAUGGGACACAGCAACCUGGACGCUCUUCUAGCCAGCAUGCCCUCUCUAGUCCGUGUGGAGCGCAACCGCUUGGGAGAGAUGGUCUGUUUUGCCUCAGGGGCCAAGGAGACAGCUCAUCUAGCCAAGGUGGUGGCUCGUCAGCGCAGCUCCAAGAAGACUGGCCGACCUCACCUAGUCAACACCCAGAUGAGGGUCAAACCAGCUGCCCCACUUGUGCUCAAUGCCAAACCUCAAACCUCUCUGAGGCAACCAAACCACCGUGGCCGAGGUGGGGGUAGAGGAGGAGGUGCAGGCCGGGGGGCUGGGCAUGGAGACUUCAGACAGGCAAGAGACAUAAGGGAUGGCCCGUCAGAGGGCAAGGCUGGGGGGCAUCCGAACAAGAUGUCCAAUCAGAACACAUCCAGCAGGAAAGGAAACCCACCUCCAGACAAGAGGAUGACCCUACCAUCACGGUUUCAGAAGGAGGUGCACGCUCACCUUUCCAGGAACUCCCAGCAGACUGGUCCACCUUCAAAUCUAAAUGAGAGCUUUGGUUCUGGGAAAGGAAAGCAUUACAACCCCCAGCUGGUCCAAAGUCGCAUCAGAGAGAUCUUGGCGAAGUACAGCAAUGGCUUCUGGGUGUCGAAACUGCCUCAGAUCUACAGAGAGCUGUACAAACAGGACCUGCCCACAGAGGCCAUUAAAGACCUGGAGACCUGGACACACAUUUGCAUUGUAGAGAAAACCUGCAGCAGCAACCCAGAGCGGCUUCUCUACCCUGCAAAGGAUCAAACAACCACAUCCUCCUCUUCACCCAUCCUAAAGUCAAACUCUACCAGAACCGCAAACAUGCCCACAGACAAACCUUUCCAAUCCCCUGCCCAACAGAGAUCCCCCAGCACUCGUCUGACUCGUUCUGGCUCUCGGUCUUCGCAGUCUCCACCUUCGUCCUCCUCUUCACCUAGCCCUCCCGCCUCCCCUGCAACCCUCAGCCCUGACCUGAAGCAGAAGCUGGAGGAACUGUUAGUGAAGUACUCCAGUGGCCUGUGGGCCCAUGCGCUGCCCAAGCUCUUCCAGGACACCUACAAAACCAAACUGCCUGGACAUGUCCUGGAGAACCUUGAUCUCCUCUCUGACAUCUGCACCAUUGACUACCCGAUGCCUGACAACCCAAAGAGGGCCAUCCUGUACAGGCGAAGCAGUACUGGAGGUGGAGGAGGAGAGGAUGAGAACUGCAACAGGAGGAACUCCUCAACCAGUGAGGAGGAGCUGAGGGUGAGGAAGGAGCUGGGGAGGAGGCUCAGUAAUCAGGCAGUGCCUCCUCUGCAGAUCCCCAAAGAGGAGUACCCCUCUGUGCUGGUGGUGGAGGCCACCAACACCAAUGGGGUUAUACUCAGGUACAUUGGUGAAGGUUACUCCCAGGCUCAAGAGUCCAUGGAAGAUGAAAUGAGGGUGUUUUAUGGUAUGGAUCAAAACAGCCCGACGCCUGUAUCAUCCCUAUCCUCAGGCCAGCUUGUUGCAGUCAGGGCCGAGGAAGAGGAGGAGAUUCUGAGAGCGCAAGUCUGUGAGGUCAUGACUGACAAGGUCAAGGUGUAUUAUGUGGAUCAUGGCUUCUCAGAGGUGAUCAGCAAAAACAAAGUGUUUGAGCUGCAUGAAAAGUUUUUUAAACUGCCUUUCCAGGCAACCAAGUGUAAACUGGCAGGCCUGGAACCAUUCUGUCAGGACCCGGCAGUGCUGAAGAAGUUUGAGAUGAUGGCCAGUGGAAAGAUUCUCUUGGCUGAGAUCCUAGAGAGAGGGCAGACCCCUCUUGUUGUCCUGUACGACACGUCGCAGGAUGAUGACAUAAACAUCAACGCAGCCUGCAUGAAAGCUCUGCAAGACAAGACCCUUGCAAGUCCAUUACAGGUGAACAGCGCUUAUAUGAAUGUGACUGUCAGCAGUGUCUGCUCAGAUGGGACUAUCUACUGUCAGCUUCCUUCCAGAGGAUUUGCCAAGAUGAACGAAACACUGGAGAAAAUAGAGACGUACUUCCACUCACAGGUAACAUCAGAGUUCCUGGUAUCCAGGCCCUUUUGUGGGAAAGGAUGUCUGGCUCGUUACAAAGGAAAAUGGUCCCGUGUAGAGAUCACCAACCUUCAUGGUAGCAGAGUCUUGGACAUCCUGUUCAUUGAUGUGGGCGUCCAGGCUUCUGUCGAGGUGUUUGAGCUGAGAGAGAUCCCCCCGCCAUUCCUCCGUGACCUUGUGGCUAUCCCACCACAGGCUGUGAAGUGCUGUCUGGCAGACCUGGCUGUCAGUGUCGGAUCCUGGACUCCGGAUGCUGUGCAGUGGCUUCGAGAGAAAGUGCUGAACACCAGUGACUGUAGCAUGAAGGUCGCCAAAGUCGAUGAAAGCAAGCGCUGCAUUUACGUCCACUUGUUCACCGACAAGAAUUUCCACGACCCAGCCCGCAGCCUCAACCAUCAGAUGGCCCAGUCGGACCUGUUCAAACAGCAACCAGACGUCUUUCUGACCAGCCACAGCCCUGCCAGGAUUCCCACACCCACUUCAUCCACCAAGACCUGCAGUACCGGUGACUCCACCAAUGGCUGUCCAACAUCAGCUAAUGUCCCAGCCAAGCCUCACUUCAGGAGGGCUCUAUCAGGACCCAAAAGCAGCAGUGGUGGUGGAGGAGUUGAAAACACUGCCGCCACCACCACCAGCCCACCAGAAGCGCUGUCAUCCCCCUCAUCCUCUCCCCAGCUGCCACCACUACUAGAGCUGCCCUCCAUAGGAAACAACAUGGAUGUAUACGUAUCAUUGGCGUGUCAUCCCGGCCACUUUGUGCUACAGCCAUGGGGAGACAUGUACAGGCUGGUAGUGCUGAUGGGAGAGAUGAUACUGUACUACAAUAAAACAGAGGCGAAACCACUCAACAUAGAGAAGAAUCAAGUUUAUGCUGCUAAAGUGGAAAACAGCUGGCAUCGUGUGCUGGUAAAGGGAGUUCUGAACAGUGGCUUGGUGUCUGUUUAUGAGUUGGACUAUGGUAAACACGAGCUGGUCAGCUGCACACAGCUCAGGCCUCUGAUCAAAGAGUUCAGACAGCUGCCGUUUCAGGGAAUCACUGCUCAGCUGGCUGGAGUGAAGCAAAGGCAGUGGUCCGAGGAGGCCUCCAUUGUUUUCAGACAUCAUGUGGAGAAGAAGCCUAUGGUUGCCCAGCUGGAGGCUAUUCAGGAAGCCACCAACCCAUGGGAGAGGAAGCUGACUGUAUUCCUAGUGGACACGUCACAGGAAGAGAAAGACAUCUGGGUGCAUGACAUCAUGGCUGAGUUUGCGGAUGAGCUGACCAACGAGCUGUAGACAAUAGAAGACCACCGAGAAGUCUUAGUAGUCAGACCCUGUUGAUCAGUGAAGGCACAAUGAGUUGUGGAUUAAAAAAGAAAUAGAAGAAGCUUACCUGUCUUUAUCUAUCUACCUACAAUCUAGUGGGAUUAAAGUAAGAAGGAAGGGGUUUCCUAAAGGGAUGAAAGAAAUUUGAGAAGUAGAAGAAGAAGGGACACAGAGGUAUGGCAGCAUGUAGAGGAAUCAAGAAGACAUGAAGACAUGAAAGCACUGUAGCCGCUAGUGUUCAAGGCUGUACAUGAAAGGAUGUUGUGAUGUGAUUUGAGCUACUGCUGUGUGACCAAUGGACAGUAUGCCCAUUCAUGACAGUUAAGUCCAUACUUGAUACAAACAGCUCUGUAGUACAAAAAAAACAACAACCAAAAAAAAAAAGUUCAAUAAAUCUAUAUAGUCUCACAAAGCAGUGGAAACGGUACAGCAUGCAUUCAGACCAUUUGGUAUGGGCUUUAAUCCAAAGUAUCCUAAAGUACCAUAUGUGCAUCCAGUUUUAGUGUGCCAUCCUGGGAAAGCCAGAACCCCCUCAACCCUGCCAAUGUGAGCAUCAUGCAAAGAGUGUAAAACUGAACUGAGCAAGGAAGACCUACAGUUUAUGCACCUGUUUACUAAAUCUGCUUUUGGGAUGGUAUUUCUCAUUGUCGGAGCAAACAUUCCUCUGAAAGCAGGAGAAAUGGAUGAGUCUGUGAGCCAUGGGAGACGGAAGGAGAGAGAGCAGGAGAUUUUAUUUUGAAAUUAAUUUAUGUGCAAAAAUAUAUGUAACUGGUAUUCAGUGGGAAGUAUUGAAUUAAUGAUAAAUGGUUUUCAUUUGUCUGCUGAAUUUGGUUAGAUGAGACAGAAUUUAAUGGGGUUUGGAGAUGGGUUAUAAAGUGUGUAUGUUUAGUAAGUGAGUGCAGGUUUGGGAUUUACCAUUUAAUUAAAAAAAUAAAGGCUGAAUAAUGCAUCAAAGCUACAUUGUGACCAGCUGUAAACAAGAUAAAUGUGUAUUUUUAGAUGAUCAAAAGCCAACAUAUGAGAGAAAAUGCAUGAUAAGCUCCUGAUUAUAACUCCUGUGAUGUCAUUGCCUCAUCCAUCUCUUCCCCACACGUGAAACACUCUGUGCUUUUUCGGGGAUUUAAUAUUUCUGGCUCAUUUUUCCGUUUCUUGCCUGACGUUGAGACGUUAACUUCAGCAGAUUACUCGUGCUGCAUGUUGCAGAUUUCCUGAGCCGUGUGAAUACACAGUUGAGUUUGACGUUAUAGUAAUAAUAAUAAUGAUAAUAAGCAGAUUAAGUAUAAUGUAGUGAUACAUUUAUAGAUUUUAAAUAGGGAAUAAGUUCAGCUUAUGAUUGAUUUCAAUAUCACUACUAAAUGUUGGCCUGAUGUGAGAUUUGAUUCUGAAAUGUGAAACUUUUUUUUUCUCUGAUGGACAUGAUUUGGAUGUGCAAUUCUAAUUCGAAAGCUAGCCAACCUUACAAAGCUCAAAGCUGCAUUGUUGUUAAGCGCUGACAGAUGACAUUAUUUUAUUUAUAUUUAACUUAUAUUCUCUGGAUAAUAAUGAUAGCCUCGGUAUCAUUCCUAUUUUGUUUAACAAUGACCUGGAGACAAUAAAAAAA